AUGAACAAAAGAUACUACCCAGUGAAAGAAGCGAAUAUUGAAAAGGGUGCUAUAGACAUAUUUAAGCAAAAAAUCGAAAGAAAAAAACAAGAAUAUUUACGGUUCAGUUUAUCGAAAAGUUAUCACAGCAGGAAAGACGAAAAUGUGAGCAUCAUUAACAACAAUAGUAGCAGUAAUAGCAAUUAUAACAAUAACAACAUUAACAAUAUUAGCAUUAUUAGCAAUAUUAACAAUAUUGACAAUAUUAACAACAAUAAUAAUAUUAACAAUAAUAAUAUUAACAAUAAUAAUAUUAACAAUAAUAAUAUUAACAAUAAUAAUAUUAACAAUAAUAAUAUUAACAACAAUAAUAAUAUUAACAAUAUUGACAAUAUUAACAACAAUAAUAAUAUUAACAAUAUUGACAAUAUUAACAACAAUAAUAAUAUUAACAAUAAUAAUAUUAACAACAAUAAUAAUAUUAACAACAGUAAUAUUAACAGUAACUGCAAAUUUAACAAUUGCAAUUUUAGCAAUGUCAAUCAUAAUAGCAUCAUUAAAAACAAGAACAAUGCUGUCAACAAUAAGCAUAAUAGAAAUGUCGAAGGGAGUAAUUCGAUCAGUACCAGUAACCGAAAGUUGAUAUACAUAGAAACAUGUGAUACUCAUGAUAAAUACAUUUUGAACAUGUACGAUGAAGAGAACAAAACAUGUGAAGAAGAUAUGUACAACGAAGAAAAAAAAAAAAAAAAAAAAUAUGACCCUGUUCAUAAAAAAAGUGAGUCAAAAAUAGGAGGGAAAAAUGAAGAAAAUAUAUAUAUACCUUUAAAGAUAUUAUCAAAUAGAUAUGAAUAUAGUGACAUAGUUCAGGCAACGAAUAAUUUUUCUGAAGAAAAUAAAAUAGCAAAGGGAGGAAAUGGAAUGGUAUAUAAAGGAAUAUUGAAAAGUUGUAUUAACGUUGCAAUAAAAGUUUUAAAAAAAAAUGAAAAUAAUGGUUUUGAAAAUGAGAUAAUAAUUAUGAGUAGAUAUAGACAUAAAAAUAUUUUAUCAUUAUUAGGAUAUGCAAUGAAUAAACAUUAUUUUUAUCUAAUAUAUGAAUAUGUACCAUUAGGAGAUUUAAGGACGCUCUUAUUUAAUCAUUAUUAUUUUUACAAUAUAAAAAAUAAAGAAAAUAAUAUUGAUUUGCGUUAUUGUUCGAAUAUUAGAUGUAAUGAUAAUACAAAUCUACCUAAGAAUAAAUAUUUCUCAUAUUCAAAUAAUUACUCUUUUACAAAUAAACAAAUGAGUUCAUUAAAUAUGAACACUGUUAGGAAUAUUUAUCCACAGAAGGAAUUAUAUGAUAAUAAUAUACCUCUUUUUCUAUCUUUCAGUGUUAGAAUAAAUAUAUUAGUUCAAAUAAUAAACGUUCUUUGCUAUUUACAUACUUCUUGCCCUAUAGUUUAUCACAGGGAUCUGAAGUCGGCCAAUAUUUUGAUAGACGAAAAGUUCAACGCCAAGUUGGGCGAUUUUGGACUUUCCUUUAUUUACAUAAACAAUAACAACGUGUUUAACUUAACCGGCGGUACCCCAGGAUAUGCGGAUCCCUACUAUAUUUCCACGCAUGAAAUAAACGAGCAAACCGAAAUAUACUCCUUCGGUGCUCUGAUUUUAGAAAUGCUUGUUUCCAAAUCUCCAGCAAUUCAUGUGAGUAAGAAUUACAAUUGUAUAUAUAGCAAGAAUGAAAAAUGCCCUAUAUUAUGUAACAGGAAAAGAAGUGAUAGUGAGGAGAAUGUUUUUGAUUACUUGGUUAAUCAUAUAAACAUGAAUGAUUACAAAUCUAUCUAUUCUGUAUUAGAUUAUAGUGUGAACUUUCCCGACUUCUUAGUAGAGAAAUUAACAAAAUUAUCUUUUUUAUGUUUAAAUCCAAAUAUUAAAAGUAGACCAUCAUCUAAACUAGUAAACCUAAUACUUUUAGAAAUACAAAAAGAGAGUGAUUUUUUUUUAAAAAAUCAACAGGAUCUUUUUAGAAAGAAAAUUAAUUGUAUCAAUAUGUACUUUGAUGAAUAUGACAAGAACAGAUGUAACUAUACCCUUGGACCUAAUAAUAGUGAAGCUAUGAAAAAAAUGGAUGAAAGAAAAAAUAAUGGAGAUAAUAAAUUUUGUAAAAAUGAUAAAAGAAGAAAAAAUGGAGAAGGUCAAAGGAAAAUUAAAAAUUACAACUCCUUUGUUAGCAAUGUCAAGGACUUGAAUUAUAACGCGUACAUGCACAAUAUGAAAGAAGCGAAUUGCAGUUUGUAUAUGCCAAGUAUGAAGGAGACGCAUUACAGCGCGUAUAUGUCAAGUAUCAAGGAAGCGAAUCAGAACAACAGCUUAUAUCACAUUUUCCUUAGAUUAAUUCAUUCAUUUUUUAAAAAUGACAAAAUUUCGAAUUUCAAUAAAAAUUAUUACUUUAGGCAAUUUUUUUCUGAACAUAUUCAGAAAAAUGGAGAUAUCAAAGGAAAAGAUUUUUUAUAUAUGAAUAAAAUAGCCACUUCAAAUUGCACAAAUUUUAAAUACAAUACUAUUGAUAAUUUAACUAAUCUGAGAGAACUUUUUUUUGAAAAAUUACAUAAAGAUAUUUUUAAUAAAAAUUUUAUGUUUAAUUCCUUUUCAUUCAAUUUAAUGAAUUGUUACUUUAUUAGGUUUGUAUUUGACUACUUAAAAAAUAAUGCUUCAGCAAAUUAUAUGCAAGAUUCGAAUACUCCGAUUAUCGUAAAAAAUGAGGGUAAAAGUUAUCCCAUAAAAAUGUGUGGUAGCAGUAGUAGUAGUAAUAUUAUAUGUAAUGUACAGGAAUUGAAUAAUUUUAAUAAUAAAAAAAUAGAAAUUAACUGUGAGAUGGAAAAGAAAAACAUGAAUGAAAACGAAGGUGACUUAUGUAUUAAUUCAUACAAUAAAAAAUUUUCAAAGAAAGGAGCCAACAUGAAACGAGAUAACAAAAAUAAUAGCUGUUGUAACAGUAACUGUAGGAGUACCAACAGGAAUAGCAGUAAGAACAAUUACCAGGUGCCAGAAAUAAUUUUGGUGGAAGAUAACAACUGCUCUUUUAGCGGUAAAAACGGGAAUAGCAUAACGAACAAUAUGGGUAAUUGCAAGAACAAUGCAAACAUCAUCAUGAACAACAAUGCAGGAAGCAAUAUCGAAAGCAUGGGGCAAGACCCCCAUGUAGCUAAUCAGAACAGUGCGUACAACGGGCAGCAAUACAGCUGCUAUGCUCCUUCUAACCUUAACGACUUUGUCAAGAAUAAUUCCGAUAUAAGUAGUUACUACCGUAGGAAUAAUCUGCAUUUUAUAAGUAAAAAUUAUAUGAACAGUAAAUAUAACAGAAUGGAUAACAUAAACUACAAUCAUCCUGGCAACAAUUCGAGCAAAGAACAAACAAACAGGUGCACGGAUAGGUUCGCCGAUAAGUGCUCAGGAAGAUACGGGGAAAAGUGCGCCGAUAGAUUCGGCGGUAAAUGUACAGAUAAAUAUGCAGUUAAACACACAGAUCGACACGCAGAUAGGCACGCGGAUAAGUACAUUGAUAAACACAUAUCUAAUACCCAUCUGAACAACAAAAAUAACAGGAUCAACUACGAAAAGGGAAAUAACUGUAAGUGGGUUAAGAAUAAAAUGAAAAUGAAAAAUUCGAACACUGUAAAUCGUAACAAUUGUUUUGUUGAGGGGGAAAAUGGAAAUAUGGUGUGUCUAAAUUAUGGUGAAGAUCCUGAAGGGAAAUCGGGUGAGUGGUCAGGUGUGGGAUCAGGUAAAGGACCUAACGAGCAGCUACCGCAUGAGAAGCCUAUUUAUUCAUAUAAUUCUCACCAGCUGAAAAAUGAAAACAACAUGCAGAAUAAUUUGUAUUCGAACAAAUGGCCUUUAAAACGAAACUGUAGAGAUGAUACCCCCAAAAUGAUUUUUAACAUUGAAAAGGAGCAAAACGAGGAAUUGAAAGAAUCUUGUGUGAACAAUAAGAAGAAAAUUAUGCGUAUAAACAUUUCCAUUGAUGAAGAAAAAGGAGAUAACAAUUCAGAGAAGAGCAAAAAGGAGUCUAAAAAGGUUGAUUAUAUUGUAGAUGAAGAAAAUGGUAAAUACUGCAGUAACAACAACAAUUAUGCAAAUAAUGAUGACUGUCGAGUUGAUAUGAAUAACUCAGUUAUGAAUGGAAGAAACUGCAAGUUCAUGGUAAACCAUUCCAGUUCAAUUAAAAAAGAAAGCAACAAUGAUUGCUCACCGGAAAAAAAUACAUCUUUUGUAAUUGAAGAUAUUCGAGAAGGAAAUAUGAUAUACAUUUCUAAUUUUAUAAAUUAUAUAAAUUUUGAUAAGAACAAAAAUAUGGUGGACUCAAAUGUAUUUUCUUGGUUUAAUAAACACAUUUUUGAAAUGGUCAUAGAUGAAAAUAAAAUUGUUUCGGAUGUAACUUUCCUAGAUAUAUUAUACGAAUUUAAUAUAUUUAACUUCAAAAAAAAUAAUAUGAUAAAUUAUGAGAAUGAAAAUAAGUAUCUUUUAAAGGGGAAAUGGUCAUCCUAUUCAGAUAAUAAUAUUGAAAAUAAUUUUAUUUCUGUUAACUUACAGAGUAAUUUUUUUUUUGAAAUUGCUGUUUAUUAUGAUAAUAUAAAAAAUAUACAUACUGUGUUUUUAUUGAAAUCAAAUCAAAUAAAAGAUUUUAUAUGUGAUGAAAAUGAUACAAGAACAAAAAAAUUAUGGGUUUCGGACUAUGUUGGAAGAAGAAAUGAAUUUGUUGAAAAAAUUUUAAAAAAGUCUAUUUCUAAUAUUUUAUAUGAAUGCAUAAGUAGGAAACAUUGUUUGUUUCUCUUGGAAGUGAAAAUGAAAAAGUUAAGUAAACCCACUUGUUAUGAUAAUAAAAUGAAAGGGGAUUUCUCUUAUUAUUAUUUUGAAUAUAAUGUAAAAGUUGUAUGCAAUAGCGAAAAUUGCAUUUUUUCAAAUAAUUAUAUAUUGUACAAAAAUAACACCUAUUCUUAUAGUUUACCCAAUAACAUUUUAUCACUCCUUGUAUUUUCAGAGGAUAAAAUUAUGAAAGGAAUGUGCCAACAUAAGGAUUCAUUGACAACAACCCAAAGAAUUCAUUUCCCCCUUUAUCCAUUUUUCGUCAAUAUUAAUUUUUACAAUGAAAAGUAG